GGAGCCUUCAACAGGCAUUGUUGUCCUUGAGAAGACGUCGCUCACGAUGAAUGAGAUAGAUCAUCGACGAGGUCCGUGAAUGACUAGUAGCUUUCAUGAUGAAUUCUUAACUGCGCGUUGGUGACGGACAGGCUGUGAGAUUGACUUACGCACUCAUGUAAAAUAUACACCAUUUAGAACGACCCGUACUAUAACUUUCCAGCACAAAUUAGGUACUUACCGAUCACUAUGCCCUCCUCAAGGACCCCCGUUAUCACCGAUAAGGCUCCUAAGCCCCUGCCGGGCAUCUACAGCCAAGCCAUCAUCGCCAAUGGUAUGGUCUUCUGCUCCGGCGCCGUUCCCAUGGACCCGGUGACCAUGAAAAUCAUCGACGGUGACGUUCAGGCACACACGCAUCAAUGCAUCAAGAACCUAACAGCGGUUCUGGAAGGCGCCGGUACCACGAUUGAUAAGGUCGUCAAGGUGAAUGUCUUCCUCUCGGACAUGGAUGACUUUGCUGCGAUGAACGAGGUCUAUUGCACUUAUUGGGGCGACAUCAAGCCUUCUAGAACUUGCGUUGCGGUCAGGACCCUUCCUCUGAACGUUGAUGUGGAGAUUGAGUGCAUAGCUGUCCUGUAA